UAGAGACUGACGAUGGCGCUAUCGACUCGGCUGCUGGCCGCAUGCGGCGCGUUGCUGCUGCUGCUUUCGCUAUCAGUGGAUGCUGCUCUCAAUGUCAACAUGAAGUUGGCCUCGUCGCACGUGGCGCUGACGCCUGAUGCGCUGGAGGUGGCUGUCUUGGUGACGCCCAAGCAGCCCAAACUGAAGCAGCUCUCGCUCGAGACGCUCGUGGACACCACGGGCACCGCUGUACUCUCCGGGCUGACACUCAAGGGUGACGGUAGUAAGUUCGUGACUAAACUGACAGGCGACCAGAAGCUGCAGGCAGGCAUGUACAAGCUCAAGGUGUCGGCGGUGGAUGAGGAGACUAAGCAGAGCGCCUACGAGGUGCUGCAGCUUAAGGUGACGACGCCUGUGGAGGUGGCAAGCGCCUCGGCUAACGGUAAGAAGCUCAAGCUGGGAGACAAGCUCAUGGGUCAGAACUUCAACGCCGCUGCGGAGGACACGCUCAAGUUGGAAGUGAAGCUGCAGCAGGUACACGACAAGUCGCCUAUGGCUGCGCACCAGGCUUUCCUCCGUUUCACGCACCUGAGGGAAAAGACAGACACGUACUUUGUGCUGACAGCCGAUACCCUCCUGACUCACAGCACGACGCUGCAGUUUGCGGCUCUAAGUAAGAAGUUUGGCUACAUGUCGGGUGAGCACCACGUGGAGCUUAUCCUGGGCGCCUCCACGUUCGAGAAGGCGAUUGUAUGGGACCUGGGCAACGUGGAGCUGCAGCUUGGCGCUGCACCGCCUGAGACGCCCUCACCGCUCUACAAGAAGCACUUGCUGUACGAGAGUGACACGACGCUCAAGGCUCUGCCCGAGAUCCAGCACGUGAUGCGCGAGCAGGACCCUCGACCGCCUGUAGCUGUGUCUCUGGCCUUCAUGGGCGCCGUUCUGGCCCCUUUGGCGUUCUUCGUGCCGUAUGUGGCGCGUCUGGGACUCAACUUGAAGCGCCUGUUCGAGGGCUCUGUGUUUGUCUUUGGCUGCGUGUUCCUAGCGUCACUGGGCGGUAUUUUCGCUCUGUUCGGCUUGUACUGGCUGGAGCUGACCAUGUUCCGCACGCUGGGCUUUCUCAGCAUCUUGGGCUCUGUGAACCUCUGGUCCGGCCACUUGACGCUCAAGCGCCUUGCUGAAGCUCCUGCCAAGAAGACCACCAAGGUGGAGUAGACCAGACGACUCGAUAAACGAAGGAGAAGGACGUCAUUUGCCCAUUAACCACAAGGCAAAAGAUGUGCACGGAUAAAAUGAAGGGAAGUUUGUGUGCCU